AUUCACACUAAGAAUAGUCUGAUAACAGUUAGUAGUUAUUGACUAGACAAUCAUAACAGUUAUGAUUAACUUCAAAAAAAAAAAAUUGAUUAUGAAUAAAAAAAUGGAGAUUUUAUUUUCACAAUUUAGAAGUAUGCCCAAAAUAUGAAUAGAUGAAAUUACUCACAAUUAACAACAAUAAACUAUAUGCAAGAAGGAUAUCACAUAUCGAUUUAUUAUUAACCAACUCAAAGUCAUGAAGGUUUUUAUAGUGAAUGUACUACCACUGUUGAAUUCUGAGUACUAUACAAAUAUAAAUUGAAUUAAUGAACAAAAUUCUAUUCUUUCAAUGAAUUCUAAUAAAUUUAUGCUUACUUCUUGUUCUCCGGAUAAUGUAUUGAACACAGGUAUCAUUUCAGUUCCUGUUUCUCUUAUUUCUAAUCAUUCCACAAAAACUACAACAUUGGAUAAUAUCUCAAUCAAUGUAAAACCUAAAUUGAAUGAUGUUGAUUACAAUAGUCUAUCUUCUAUUUGUGAUGAUACUAAUUUAAACAGAAACAAUCAGCCAAUUUAUAUUCUUCAACCACAGAAUAGAUACACGACAUUCUAUAGGCUAUACACAAGUAGAUUAGACAAACCAAGGCUGAGACCACAUUCAGCACCAAAAAAAUCAUUAUCAUGUCAACCAUCCCCAAAUAUUUCACAACGUCAUUUACUAAAUAAUCAUCCUAAUAGCUUAUUAACCAGUCCAUUGGCUGAAAGAAAAUCUCAAAAUUCCAUGAAUUUCACUGAAUCAUCAGAUUAUUCCACAACAUAUCAAAAUGAUGCGCCUUCGUGUUCAAUAAAUGAUUCAAAUAAACACAUUCGAUCACCCGAAAAAAGUUUGUCUGUGAAGUUGAAACAUCAAUUUUUCCAACGCUUUUGGAAGCAUUCAUCAAAAUUUAACCGUACCACAAGAUCUGAAAAUAAUUCACCAUCAUUAUCACCGUUAGGUCAUAGAAAUCCUGCGUUGAGUAAAUACAGGUAUUCACCGACAUGCGGUGUUUGGAAUUCAACUAUAUCACCAACGAAUGUCAAACUAAUCGAUGCAUAUCUUAUGAAAGGACCCUCUGGAUUCGGUUUAACAUUGAUUGGAGUAAUCACUUUUAUACCGAGUGGAUUAUUAGAUUUUGGUAUUGUCACCAAUUCCUUCAAUGGGCAAAAUGGUUUCUUCCAACGUCUACUACAAAUACAAAGUGUAAGCGAUGACUUAAUCAUAUAUGCUAAUGACUUCAUGCAAUCAUAUACUAAACAACAAUCUAUCCGUCAAGGUGAUAUACUACUUGCAGCUGGUGGGCAUCGUUUGGCCGGUUGUACUCCAGAAUAUGCGGUACAAUUGUUGUCAAGAAUUCCAUAUGGUGGUGUAAUUCACAUCACUUUACUCAGAGGAUUAAGUAUUCCUAUGAAUCAGAGUGUAAAUGAAAAUGUGAACGAUGCAAAAUAUCAAUCACAUGAAGCAAGAUCAUCCAGUUUAUGCUCUUCAGUGAAUAGUUCCAUUGAAUUAUCACCGAAUAAAACAAAUUCAGAUAGUGAUGUUCAAAACAGGCAAAGGUUUUCACAAUCAUAUUUGAAUAGUUUUUGCUCAAAUUGUCGCGAUUCUAUAAGGACUGUAAAUCUAAAUAAAAGUGAAAACGAUUAUGGAUUCACGUAUGUUUAUACAAGCUAUGGAUGCUUAAUUAAUCAGGUGAUAACCAUGAAAGAAUCAAGUGAAAAUAUCAAACCCAAACUGUUUUCUGGUGACCUUAUAGUUAAAAUUGGCAAUUUUGAAGUGACGAAAUUGACAAAAUCUCAGUUUUCACAACUACUGAGUGUUUAUUUAAAAGCGAAAUCUAUCCAGCUCACACUUAUUCAAGUCUGCUCAAAUUGUUUAAAACAAAUAAACUAUCGUGAUGCAGGUUCAAAUGUCAACGAAACUGAGAAUAAGGAUGAUAGUAAAGAAGAUCCAUUGAACCCAGAACUAGAUAAUAGUUUAAAUUUCGACACCAAGGCAACAGAUAGAGUUGAAAUGAUUUCCUUUUUACGAACAGUAUUAAACCCAAAUUGUCAUCCAAAAAAAUCAUCAAAUCAUAAUUUAGAAGUGAAAAAUGAAACAGAUGAAAAGUAUAUUUCUGUUAAUCCAACUACUACUGACAAUUAUAACAACCAUACUACUACGUCAGAGUUAAGCCAAACACCUUUACCAUGGUUACCUGGACUCCACUACAUAAUACCAGGUAUAGGUACGAGUGGUCCUUGUGGAACACCUGAUUACAUACCUAUAUCUGAAUUAUUAAACAAAUCUAAAACAAAUGUCUUUCAAAACAGUAAUUCUUCCAAUGUGAUUAGUGUGCAGAGCGACCAUCAUCAACAACAACAAAAUGACUCAUUAAAACAAAACCAAUGUGAAGUGAAUGAUCAACAGACAAAUUUAUACUACAAAAACGAUAAUAAUCCACUUCAUAAUCGAGGAAUUGAAUCAUCUUUGACAUCUUCAUCAGUUUUAUCAACAGCGCACAUGGGAAGUUUACACGAUCGAAUAUUGAACCCAUUGAACGAUAACAAAGCUCACACUACUCCUACAGAAAACGAUGUUCGAAUUCAUUAUAUUCCGAAUAAAGGGAAAUUAAAAUUUGUCCAAGAAAAUAUUGAACAAAAUUUACCAAGUAUUAUACCCAUGAACGUGAAUUUACAGUCAAGAGAGUUGAAUCAGAAUCAUCUAGACGGUGAUCUACUGGUUGCUAUUGAAAACCAGUCUGUUCUAAACCGUAAACCAAAUGAAAUUGAAGAACUAAUUCAAUUAGCAGCACAGAAAAACAAGGGAUUUGUCACCUUAACUGUUCGUAAAUCAAAUAAUACUGGAAAAUCUGAGUCGACAAAGCUGACAGUUGAUGAUCCAAUAAAUAACUUUCAUAAUUCCAAAAUAAUCAAUGUAAAGUUAGUGAAAAAGAAGGAUGAAGGUUUUGGUUUUGUAAUUGUCACUUCAUUGAAUAAUCAAAAGGCAAGCGAAAUAGGACGUAUCAUUCCAGAAAGUCCAGCUGAUAAAUGUGGCCAAUUAGAAGUUGGCCAACGUAUACUCGCAAUAAAUGGUUAUUGGUUAACUGGAAUUAAUCAUAUGGACAUUGUAAAUCUUAUUCGACAGAGUCAACAAGAAUUAAUUUUAACAGUUGAAAAAACAGAUUAUCAUCCUUCCGAAAACUCAAAUAUCGGCUGUACUGACCAAUUGGAUACGAAUCAAAUCUCUUCUUCUUCUUCGAAUACUUUAAGCAUAUGCCUUCCAAAUUCACCAAAAUGCCUUCAUUCUUUUAAUGAUUCGAAAACAUCAGAAAUAUCAAAUGAAAAACUUACACCAAAUUUAAAUUUGAAUGAUACUUCUACUCAAAGAUUAUAUUCAGUUACAUUACAACGUGGUCCUAAUGGAUUCGGUUUUUCUGUUCGUAGUGGUUGCAAUUCUAACACGUCUUCAUUAAUUGUCUAUCGUAUUACAGAAAAUGGAUCAGCAUUUCAACAAGGUCAAAUGAAAACUGGUGAUGAAAUUCUCGAAAUCAAUGGAAUCAGUACACUCACAAUGACUCAUCAACAAGCUGUGGAUAUGAUUCGAUCAAGUGGAUCCACAAUAAGAAUUCUGUUACAACAUUUCAAUGAAGCAGAUCAAAAUGAAAACUCUUUCUAGAGUGAACAGUUAAAGGAGAAUGACAAAGUAUAACGAAGAGAAGGAGACCGAGGGAAAUAAACACUUUAAAUCGUUAGCGUACUGUCAUGUAAUUUAUUGUACAGAGGAUUUAUUGAAUUAAAAUUGUACAGUUUAUCAGAUUAAAGAAAUAAUUUUCGUGAUUAAAACCACUG